AUGGCGGACACAAAAGCAGACUUCCAGCCCUCGGAUCCUGAGGCAUCCGAUGUACACGCUCAACCGAACAGCAUCGAUGAGAAAGCCAGCGACAAGGCGCCGUCUGAAAACUUCGGCCCAGCUCCAGACGGUGGUCUCAAGGCCUGGUCUGUUGCAAUUGGCUCCGCCUGCACGAUCUUCUCGACCCUCGGCUUCGCAAACUCCUUCGGCGUUCUACAAGAAUACUAUGCGGCGCACCAACUCUCAUCAGAGUCCGCAGACCGAAUUGCAUGGAUUGGAUCGCUCUCUGCCUUUCUUCAAUUCGCAGCCGGAGCUAUUGCAGGUCCUUUAUUUGACCGAUACGGCGCUUGGGUUAUCCGCCCCCCUGCCAUCGCCUACGUCUUCGCCCUGAUGAUGACCAGCCUCUGCAAAGAGUAUUGGCAGUUCAUGCUCGCCCAAGGCGUCCUCGUCGGAAUCUCCACAGGUCUCCUCCAAUUCCCCGCCAUGGCCGCCGUAACUCAAUACUUCGACAAGAAGCGCGCCGCCGCCCUGGGGAUGGCCAUCGCCGGCUCCUCCAUCGGCGGCGUAGUGUUCCCAAUCGCCUUGUCAAAGAUGCUCAACGGCACGUCGCUAGGCUUCGGCUGGUCCAUCCGCGUCGUCGCAUUCAUCAUGGUCGCUACAAUGGGCAUCUCGUGUCUCACCGUUACCGCCCGUCUGCCACCCAGGACAACCGCCUUCUUCAUCCCCAGCGCAUUCAAACAAUCCCUCUUUGUCCUCCUCAUCUUCUCCCUCUUCCUCCAAAUCCUAGGCCUCUUCACGCCUCUCUUCUUCAUCCCGACUUACGCCGUCUACCGCGGCAUGAACCCAACCCUCGCCUCCUACCUGAUCGCCAUCACAAACGGCGCGUCCACAUUCGGCCGAAUCAUCCCGGGAAUCCUCGCCGACCGAUUCGGACGCAUAAACGCGCUAGGCAUUGGGGGGAUCAUAACAGGCGUGAUAAUCUGCUGCAUGAACGAAGUGAAAACCAACGCUGCACUGAUCGUAUUCUCCUCCAUCUUCGGGUUCUGGUCCGGCACGAUCAUCUCGGGCGGGAGUGCGGCGCUCACGUCGGUUCCUAAGAAUCCGCAGGAGUUCGGCACGUACUUGGGAAUGGGUUUGGGCGUUUGUGGGUGUGCGGCGCUUAUUGGGCCGCCGGUUAGUGGUGCAUUGGUUGAUCGAUAUGGGGGGUUCUUGGAGUUGUCGCUUUUUAGUGGCAUUGUUUGUAUUGGUGGGGGGGUUGUGGCGCUGUUGGCGAAGGGGGUUACGGAGGAAGGGUUCUUUGGGAGGGUUUAG